ACGCACUACACCACUUCUUCUAGCGCUACUCGAGGACUACAAGGCAAGCUUCUGCGCUUAAGUACGGUGCAUCGGGCAGUAUGGGAGCAGCGGAUGACAUAGACCAAGUCCUCAAGCAAGAGGACGCCGAAUUCGCCAAGGACCGAGAGAUUGAUAGGAUCCUCAGCGCCUUUCGACUGGACGCUUACGCUGUCAUGGGUAUCCUGCCAGGCUGUACCACUGCUGAAAUAAGGAAAACAUUUCGAUCAAAGUCACUUCUGAUACAUCCAGAUAAAACAAAGAACGAGCGCGCUCCAGAGGCGUUUGACAGACUCAAGAAGGCAGAAGGCGAACUAAUGGAUGAUAAAACCCGUGAGCAACUCGAUAGUGCGAUUGCUACUGCACGCAGAAUGCUGAUUGACGAGAAAGGCUGGACCAUCCAUCAUCCAGAUUUGACCUCACCAGCGUUCUAUGAAGAGCUGCGUGACAAGUCGCGUGAUGUGCUGAUUGAAGAUGAGCUUGCUCGUCGCCGUAAGCGAGUCAUACAGAUGGCUGAAGAAGGUCGACAACGUCAAGAAGAGGAAGCGCAAGAACUUGCUCGAAAGCGAAAACGCGAGGCAGAUCAGCGCUGGGAAAAUACUCGCGACGAGCGUGUUGGAGAUUGGAGAAAGUUUACUGGACAAAGUGCAGGUAAUGAUCCUCCAAAGAAGAAGAUGAAGAAGAAGAUCAAAGUUUUAGGAUGA